GCCGCCGCCUCCGCCCGCCGCGAGGACCGAGGGAGCGGGGUCGCCGCCGCCAGCUCGCCCGCGUGCCCGGGCUGCGGUGGGCCAGGAUGUCGGGCUUCCUGGAGGAGCUGCUCGGCGAGAAGCUGGUGACGGGUGGCGGCGAGGAGGUGGACGUGCACUCGCUGGGCGCCCGCGGCAUCUCGCUGCUCGGGCUCUACUUCGGCUGCAGCCUGAGCGCCCCCUGCGCGCAGCUCAGCGGCAGCCUGGCCGCCUUCUACGGCCGCCUGCGGGGGGACGCCGCGGCGGGGCCCGGGGCCGGGCCGGGGCCGGGGGCCGGGGCGGCCGCGGAGCCCGAGCAGCGGCGCCGCCUGGAGAUCGUCUUCGUGUCCUCGGACCAGGACCAGCGGCAGUGGCAGGACUUCGUGCGGGACAUGCCUUGGCUGGCGCUGCCCUACAAGGAGAAGCACAGGAAGCUUAAACUUUGGAACAAAUACCGAAUUUCCAACAUUCCAUCACUAAUAUUCCUAGACGCCACCACCGGGAAGGUCGUGUGCAGGAAUGGGCUGCUGGUGAUCCGUGAUGACCCAGAAGGUUUGGAAUUCCCUUGGGGACCCAAGCCCUUCAGGGAAGUCAUUGCGGGGCCCUUGCUUAGAAAUAACGGACAGUCCCAGGAGAGCGGCAGCCUGGAGGGGUCUCACGUGGGAGUCUAUUUCUCCGCACACUGGUGUCCCCCCUGCCGAAGCCUCACCCGGGUCCUGGUGGAAUCCUACCGGAAGAUCAAGGAGGCAGGCCAGAAGUUUGAGAUCAUCUUCGUCAGUGCAGACAGGUCAGAGGACUCGUUCAAACAGUACUUCAGUGAGAUGCCCUGGCUUGCUGUCCCCUACACCGACGAGGCCCGGCGGUCACGCCUCAACCGGCUGUACGGAAUACAAGGCAUCCCCACCCUAAUCGUGUUGGACCCGCAGGGGGAGGUGAUCACGCGGCAGGGGCGCGUGGAGGUGCUGAACGACGAGGAUUGCAGAGAGUUUCCGUGGCACCCCAAGCCCGUGCUGGAGCUCUCCGACUCCAACGCCGCGCAGCUCAACGAGGGCCCCUGCCUCGUCCUUUUUGUAGAUUCUGAGGAUGAUGGGGAGUCCGAGGCAGCCAAGCAGCUGAUCCAGCCAAUAGCCGAGAAGAUCAUUGCCAAGUACAAAGCCAAAGAGGAGGAGGCGCCACUUCUGUUCUUUGUGGCGGGGGAGGAUGACAUGACUGACUCCCUGCGAGAUUACACCAACCUGCCCGAGGCGGCCCCUUUGCUCACCAUUCUGGACAUGUCAGCCCGGGCCAAGUACGUGAUGGACGUGGAAGAGAUCACCCCCGCCAUUGUGGAGGCCUUUGUGAAUGACUUCCUAGCAGAAAAGCUCAAACCAGAGCCCAUCUAGUGGGGCUCCGGCCUCAGGAGACGUUAUUUAAAACUCGGUCUUCUCUUCCUCCUUCCCUUCCUUCCCUCCACCCUUGGACCUUUCCAGCGUGUCCUGACUCACACAACCCAAGUGUCCAACCUCUCUGUGGUGCCUUGUUUUCUGCAUUAACUCCUCAGCUAGCACCCUAAGGUGCACACCCUCUCAGCAGCGGAAGACCCCACCGUGUUUGGAGACUCUGCCCGGGACGGGCGGCGCUGGCCUCACCCGGCCGGAGCCAGGGCUGCGUCACACUCAGUCCCUAGCUCUUGGUGCGGUGUUUGCCGGGCGUCCUUCUGCCGAGCGAGCGUGAAGGGCCAGUGCAUUGGUGCUCCGGCUCGGCCUCUGGUGUCAGCAUGCACACGCAGGGCCCGGGACUGCCCAGUGACACACGUCCAUGCGGGUGCAGCAGGGAAAGGGCCGCGGACUUGCUAGCCUCGGGUUAGAGCUGCCAGUGAGAACGUCCCUUCCUAAGUGACUUCGUCUAGUGACUCUCCCUCUCGCUGUGAGGGAAGAACACCAGCUUGGCCGUCGGUUCUUGGGCCGGGGAUUUCACGAUCUCAAAGGGAGCUUGUGUUCUUUUCUGGUGAGAAAAAGAGUAGCUGUGGUAAUGAUUUGUGUAGUAACUGCUUACUCUGAGCUCCUACAACGUGAUAAGAAAGAACCUCUCAUUUUUUCCUGACAUCUUUCUUCCUUGAUCUUGCCUUCUCCAUGUUUCUGCCUUCUCAUACGAAUGGCCUCUACUGUCUUGGAGUUUUGUUAAUAAAUUCUUCCCCUUGGACACCUUCCCGAGAGGAGGCGCCCAGACCUGUGUUCUUGGGGGAGCCCCACCUCACCAGCACAGACCUCUGACUCGGCCCAGCUCUGGGCCCGGGGCCACCGGAGCUCCCCCGCGGUGCCUGCAUCCACCUUUGGUUACCCCCGUCAUCCCUCUUUUCUUUUCAAAGCAGAACUAAAAAGAGACAAGAAAUUACCGGGAGCCUAGCUUUUUCCCUCAGAACCUGCAGGAAGAGCUGUGCCCUAGGAUGGCAGUGUGAGCAGAGGUCAGACACGUCAACUACGAGUAGGCUUUGGAUCCACUUUGCUCGGGUCAGGUUGCUCGGAUCCCACAAACCGAAAAUAACACCUGCUGUGUCCUUGGGACUUGGGAUGGAGGGCUUCACCUCGGGAUUCACACGAUUUGGGCCGAUCUCAGCCAGGCCUUAGGGUCUUUCACGUGAUCGCAGGCCUUACCCCUGGCUCCGCUCACAGCACUGUCAGCCAAGACCACUGAUUUAGAAAACGCAGCCCCCCCCAUCAGCUGCUGACACCGUUGCCCCUUGCUGAAUUGGACUGUUGAUUUGUAGUUCAGAGGUACAAACUUAGCUGUAAUUAGACCGUGACUUGAUGUCACAGCCUGAAAUGCAGUCACCUAGUAAGAAAUAAAGCAGGCAUCUCUGGACAUGA